UGUUUUUAGAGUCUAGUGCUAGGACGGUCAGCACGUGGGGAGGAGAGAGACUUACAGAGGGGGACACGUUGGGAUUGAGUCGGGCCCAGGUUAUAGAUAUCGUUUAACUAUAAUUCACGGUGGCGGUGCGGGAUAAAAAUAAUCACGGUGUAGCUGCUAGGGUCCUGAGGAGAUGCCGCUGAGGUUCCGGUCCUUCGUCCCGUACACACUGCCAGGGGUACUGGCGCUGAUUGGCUGGUGGUGGUACAUCUCCCGCAAGAAAGGACGAAUCACCAGCCACGAUUCUGAGGAGGGGGCGGUGCCGGGGGCCCUGGGGCUGCUGUCGUCGCCCAGCGAGGGCAGCAACGGGACGGCGGAGAGGGGGCCCCACAGGAAGCCCGGCCGGGGCCGGUUCCGGGUGCAGGAAGAGCCGCCGCUGGGGCAGGAAGUGACCGCCGAGGUGCACGCCCCCCUGUGCGCGGCGGUCGAGAGGGCGGACGUCCCCGCCCCCUCUUCCUCUGCGCUUCCCCUGGAGACCGGCGGAGGCGGAGCCGCCGGACAUAGGAACUCCGACCUAAGGCCGGUCGCCGCGGAGACGGUGGAGGCGAAGGUCGCGCACCCGAGGCCGGAGCAAGGGGACGCGGGCGUGGGCGACGCCCAGGAAGCCGCUGGCACGGCGACGGGCGACGCCGACUCCGCCGCGGGCGCCGUCGCCGGGAGCGGCCGGGGGGUCCCCGUCGCCGAGGUGGAGCGGUCGACGUCGGCCCCGCCCCCGCAGGCACCCGACGCGGCGCAGGCCAGCGUCGUGAGGCCUGAGCCGGAGGGGGAGGUGGCGGCAGACAGAACGCCAGUGCCUUGCGCCGACGCUCCCCCUUCCAAAGAGGCCCCCAAACCCGCCCAGCAGGCCCCCAUACCCGCCCAGCAGGCCCCCAUACCCGCCCUGCAGGCCCCCAUACCCGCCCAGCAGGCCCCCAUACCCGCCCUGCAGGCCCCCAUACCCGCCCUGCAGGCCCCCAAACCCGCCCUGCAGGCCCCCAAACCCGCCCUGCAGGCCCCCAAACCCGCCCAGCAGGCCCCCAUACCCGCCCAGCAGGCCCCCAUACCCGCCCAGCAGGCCCCUAAACCCGUCCAGCAGGCCCCCAUACCCGUCCAGCAGGCCCCCAUACCUGCCCAGCAGGCCCCCAUACCCGCCCAGCAGGCCCCCAUACCCGCCCUGCAGGCCCCCAUACUUGCCCAGCAGGCCCCCAAACCCGCCCAGCAGGCCCCCGUUUCCACGGAGACGUUGGUUAGCAUGACAACCGCGCCGACCACGGCUGCAACGAUGGCCACAGCGGUCGCCGCGCUCCCCCCCGCUGCCCCUCCCGUCGCGGCUGCGGAAGCGGGGCGGCUCGGCCCCGCCCAGGAGAACGGGCUGGCGGCGGCGGGGGCGGAGGAGGAGGAGCCGGCGGAAGGAGCCGGAAGCGCGGGGGAGAUCGAGCGGCUCGCCGCCGGGCUCAUCACGGAGGUCAUCUUGGCCGCCGCGCAGGAGGUACUGAUAGUCAGCCGGGGUGAGGGCGGGGCCGGGGGCAGGGCUUUCUGUCAAAGCCAGAAAGAUGACGAGGAGGAGGAGGAGGAGGAGGAGGGGGAGGAGAGCGGGGUCGUCUGGGAGCCCAGCAGCAGCACCCCCGUAACCAAUGGGAGGCCGUGCACCUCGCGAGACACGCCCACGGAGGAGAGCCCCCCCUCAAAGGGGCGGUCCGAGUCGGGGAUGGAGGAGGGGGGGUCGUCGUUGUCCUCAACGACGAACUUGACGACGGCGGCCGGCCUCCGGCUCUCCGACGCCGGGGGGGAGGAGCUGAACGGCUGCCUGGCCCCCCCGUCGUGGGAGGAGCCCGCCGGCCCCAGCCAGCGGGCGGAGCCGGGGAGCCCCGCCCCCUGUGCGGAGGCCACGCCCCCGAGCCUGAGCAAGCUGCGGGCGGAGGACGGCGUGGGGGGGGCGGCGGCGCUGGCGGCGGCGGCGGAAGAUUCGGGGUGCAGCACCUGCCAGUCGGAGGACGGGGCGAGCAGCGAGGACCUGCUCCACAGCACGGGGCUGUCCUGCGCCCCCCCGGCCGGCCGGGACCGCCUGCUGCACCUCUCGGGGAUCUGCCGAGGCAGGACCCCCGAGGGCCCGGGCGGGCGGGGCCUGGAGGGGGCGGGGCUGAACGGCGCGGGCCUGGGGAACGGGGCGCUCCUCUCCGGCGAGACGGAGGCGGACCACUCCGGAGGUUCAGAUGUGAACAGUAUGGACAGUGUGGACAGUGGCUGCACUCUGGGGGCAGGAGAUGGUCCCAGUGGAAGCACACAGAGUUCAGAGCUCAUCAUCUGGGAGAUCGAGGUGCCAAAGCAUCUGGUGGGACGAUUGAUCGGGAAACAAGGGAGAUACGUGAGCUUCCUGAAACAGAGUUCCGGAGCGAAGAUCUACAUCUCCACCCUGCCUUACACACAGGAGUUUCAGAUCUGUCACAUAGAGGGUACGCAGCAGCAGGUGGACAAGGCCUUGGCCCUCAUAGGGAAGAAGUUCAAAGACUUGGACCUGACCAACCUGUACGCCCCGCCCCCUCUUCCCCUCACCCUGCCCUCACUGCCCAUGACGUCCUGGCUGCUCCUGCCUAACGGGGUGACGGUGGAGGUGAUCGUGGUGAACAUCGUUUCGGCGGGGCACGUGUUCGUGCAGCAGCACACGCACCCCACCUACCACGCCCUGCGCAGCCUGGACCAGCAGAUGUUCCUGUGCUACUCGCAGCCCGGCACCCCCGCCUUACCCUCGCCCGCCGAAGUGGGUGUGAUCUGCGCAGCUCCUGCAGUUGAAGGCGCGUGGUGGCGGGCGCAGGUCAUCUCCUUCUACAAGGACUCCGGCGAGGUGGAGAUCCGAUACGUGGACUACGGCGGCUACGACCGAGUCAAGAUCGACACGCUGCGGCAGAUCAGGUCGGACUUUGUGACGCUGCCGUUCCAAGGAGCUGAAGUUCUGCUGGACAACAUCGCACCCCUUCCUGGUGAGGAGAGGUUUUCGGCCGAGGCCAGCUCCGCCCUGGAGGAGAUGACCCGAGGCGUGGCCUUGCUAGCACAGGUGACUAACUAUGACAAUAACACCGGACUGCCCCUGGUGCAGAUGUGGAACAUGGUAGGGGAGGAGUUGGUGUCGGUGAAUCGCACUCUGGCCGAACGAGGGUUUGGCACCUGGGUGGACAGCUUCUGAUCCCUGCUGACCCCGCCCUGAUGCCCCCCCCCCCCCAUCCCUCCCCCCCCCCCCCACACUCCUCUCUGCCCUGCACGCCCUCCUGGUCACCGCACACUGGAGUUUGGCACCUGUUCUGGGCAGAGCCCCCCCACCCUCCCUAAUCGGAGCGUACGCACCACUGGUUUCCCCCUCUGCAGUUUUUUUUUUUUCUUUUUUCAAGUCUCUUGAGUUUGCACUUUUUUUGUUUUUUUUUCCCUUGGGAGCAGUCUUUGUCUUUUCCUCUCCCUAAUCCUGAAUUAAAUCCACGUCUAAGGAUUAUCAACGAAUGAAUUUUGCCACUUCACACCCCUCCCCCCACGUCAGAUGUCCCCAAAAAAAAAAACGAAAAACAAAAAAAAAAAAGAAGGAAAAGAAGAAAAAAGUACUUUUGAUCCUUGGUAUUGUAAAUUUCACAAAAAAGAGAAAAGAAAUCUUACAGAGUUAACUGAAUAAAGGUUGAUCAUAACUCCGUC